UUUCUGUGCCAAUAAACUUAUCGACGGUAACUCACCUUAUCCGUACACGCUGUCUGUCAAUGGGACGCCGUAUAGCUUACCAGCGAUAGAAGUUUGUAUGGAAAUUGCAAUUCACGCGUCCCAAUAUAAGGCGAUAAGAAUGACUUAUCGGGUAUAUUGGGACAGCCUCAGAUUAUUGACAGCUAAUUACUGACAGUAGAAGGUAGUAAUCUCUAAAAGUUAUCUCUAUAUGUAGAUAGUAUAUUAGGAACGGCCGUAACUCACAAAAGCCCAGAAUGUUCGACUAUAAAACAUUCUCAAAAGGGGUUGAACCCAUGCCGAAUACAAAAUAAGGGCACAGUAAACGAGGAUAUCCGGGGCAAGUUGCCCAUUAAUAUCUGUAACGAAAUCUUAUUUCGAUAUUUUAGGUUUUUGGCUGAAGUCAAACUAUUUCUAUGAGCAACCAACUGUGCGUUCAACAUAUGAGUAUUUGUUUAUCGGUGAUACUGAAGAUGCAAGCUUUAGCAUUGUGUGUGGUGAAAUGAAAGCGUUGCCAAUGAAUAAUCAGGAAUACUGUUCUGAAGUACAGAUUGAAGAAUAUGACUAUAACAAGGAUAGGAAAGUCGAUAUGAUAAACUUUAAGUUAAGUUUAAAUAUACCUAUAGAACAUACUUUGUCAUCGAUUACAUUGCUUAUAGGCUUAGAUUUAUAUUUAACGACAAUAUGUCCAUUACAAAUGCAAAGUGUAGCACUAAUUAACAAGGAUUUUGCCGCACCAUCAAACAGACUCGCAUAUUAUGGGAACCUGGAGCUGUAUCAAACAUCACACCUGCCAUGCCGGAGAAAUUUUAUAGAUACAACAUACAAUGUAUCAAUUUUUAACAUUGACAAUCGUCAACAAACAAAUAUCCAGGAUUUUAUCGUACAAAAUUAUGUAGACAGAGAAGUGAUAUAUAGGGCCAAUCCUUUGUAUAUAAAACAUCAGAUUGGCAAUACACGUACAAUGGACAUAGAAAUAUAUUUGAAAGUUCCAGAAACAAAAGUGCUAUAUAUACCAAGUAUAUUACAAGAAUUAAGAUGGGCCUGGCCUCAAUAUCUUUCGUUGGUUCUCGUAUUAUAUUGGUUAUUUGACAAAAUCAAAAGAUUUGUUUUUAAUCACCGCUUACUAAUGGCUUGGGAGAUUGUACCUUGGAAGAAAAUAAAUAAAGAAAUUUAA